AUGACUACUCAGACCAACACCGUCGCCGACUGGGAAACUAAUUAUGCCGACGUGGAGAAAUCCCUCACGAAACUGGCUGUGACUUUGGCGAACGCAGCAGAGAUGUCGCAGGAUCUCCUCGUUGGCGCAUGGACUGACAAAUCGGUAAUCGAAGGCCGUCGUGACAAACUCGCCGCAGACUUCGCUAAAUUAAAAGAGGAGCAUGCUUCUCUGGCUAAGCUUCAAAGUACAACGCAGGCAUCAGAUUCGAGCUUCUCUGUUGUUCUGAUCGAUGGCGAUGGUUCGAUUUUCGAUGCGGCUUAUCUUAAAAAAGGUGCCGAAGGAGGAAACGAAGCUGCGUUAGCCUUGCGUACUGGCUUGAAGCAUUGUUUCCCUCUGGUCACACCACACGUUCGCAUUUUCAUAUACUUGAACAAACUUGGUCUUGGAAGAGCGUUGAUGGAGGACAAGAUUGUGACACCUGAUGAAUUUGAUGCAUUUUCAAAGGUUUUCAGGCAGCUCAUACUUCCACUUCUGUUAUCGAUGUUGGGUACGGCAAGGAAGCUGCUGAUGCCAAAAUCCGUGAUGCUAUGGCUUUCCACCUGAGUUUGUCCGAGUGCAAGCUGGUGGUUCUUGGUGCUUCCCAUGAUAAUGGCUACGGCACCCUGUUGAGGUCUUUGCGGACCGACGGCAAGAUGUCGCGAAUUGGACUUUUGAAAGGAUAUGAGUGCGUGGCACAAGAACUGAAGGAGUUUGAAGAAUGGAUGGCCGAGAUACCGUGGCUGUUCAUGGCACAAAAACUUGGUGACGCAAAUCGCUCCUCCAGAAGUGUUUCCCCUGUCAGUCCUACGAAGUCACCAAGGCCUACCACUUUCUCUGCUGCUGCCAAGACCGCAAACGGUAGCGGAGCUUCGUGGCAAGUAGUCUCAUUCAAGGCUUCGAAGAAAGCUCAGAUUAAUACUAUCAAAGAUCUCGAUCCCAGGCCAUGCUAUGGUCACUAUCUUCGUGAGGGGUGUACUAAAGAUACCUGCAAGUAUGGCCAUGAUUAUGAUCUAUCAAAGAAUGCCAUGGGAGAACUCAGGAAAUUCGCAAAGCGAAUCAGCUGUGAUUAUUGGAUCCACGACAUGUGUCCAUAUACCGCAGAGACUUGCAUCAAUGGUCAUGUCUGUCACAAUGGACAACUGUGCCCCUUCCGCGGGAAUACUUGCUUUUUCCAGAAAUGGCACGACGAGAAUCCUGCUCGUCUCAAAUGAGUGAGCUUGCGAUUGAAACUGUUCUUUAGUAAACCCCUAGAUACCCCUCGCGCGAUCAGGCAGUUAACUUGAUCGCGUUGCGGUACCUCAUCUCGCUAGUUUCCGAAUGUCAUGUCUGUUG